AUGGAUUCUGGUCACAUAAAUUCAUCAUCGUCGACGUCGUCAAGGCGGACAUGCCUCUGUUCUCCGACGAACCAUCCGGGCUCAUUCCGGUGCGCACGCCACCGCAGCUCGUCUCCUAAAGUAGGGAGAAAAUUGAUCGCGGAGCAAUUAAAUCGAUUGGAUAUUAAGAAGACGAAUCUGGUGAAAGAGUUUCUGUUGAAGAUAAUCAAACCGUCGAGUCAUGAUAUCCAAAGGAGGAAGAAUUUUGAGCCGAAGCCUUCCAGGUUCUCUGUUUUGGAUCAUUGCACCCACGGCGGCAAGGAAUUGGUUGUUUCUUAA